UUACUGUAACACUGAAAAACAGUACUCGUACAAGUCAAACAGGUUAAAACAGAAAUAUUUUUUCCUGUGAAAGUCAGAGUUUUGUGACAUGGGACCAAAACGGAAGAAAGGCACUGGAUGUGAAGAAGAACCAGAAGCAUGUGAAGUGUGGCUAGAUACAAGUAACUUGAGAAAAAAGAAGAGUCAGCCUUCUUUGUUCUUUACUAAGUCACUAAAUCCUUUGGCAGGUAAGAAGUACAAUAUUCCAGCCAGUCUACACUUUACACAAAGCAAGUCUGCACAGCCCUUCACCAAGCAAACAACUAUUUCAACAUAUUUUACAGUAAAACAAUCAGGUAAUCUGAGUGCCUCAGAUCUAAUAAGCGGAACAGCACCUUCAUCUUCUUCUUCUUGCAGUAGUGCUGCAAUUGACUGCAUGUCUGGGUUUAAUAAGCUGCUUGUUGAUGAGAGUGACAUCAAUGAGCUGCAACAUGUGCCAACAGAUAUGGAUAGUCGUGGGAAUAAUUGUCCACCUGUCAUGUCUGAGAAGCUGGUUGAGCCUGAGAUGUAUCCAAGUUCUUCUAGUUUUAGUAAUUUUCUGAACUUUAAAAAACUAAAUCCAGUUAAUCAAUUAAAUGACUAUCCAACAUCAUUGCAGAUAGAUUCAUUUGAAUUUAAGAACACUUUUAAAUCUAUGCCUCAGAUAACUGGGUCUGAGAACAGUAUUACUGAAAUGGCUUGUUUUGUCAACAGCCUUGCUGAGCCGGACUUUACUGAGGAUUCACAAGGUUAUAGAGUUAUAGCACAUGACAGACUAUGCAAGUCCCCUUCAGAGAACAUCAGAAUAGAAAACCUGAGCACUUUUGAAGAAUUGUCUUGGGUAGGUACUACAGAUAUAGAAAACUUUAAGCUACAUUUAUUGAACAGUGAAAAACUGAGGACAUCCACGCAAAUAUGCAAUAGAAAAUUGAGAUGGAAAGAAACAAAUGCAGCUUUAUCUGAAGUAAAAUUGGAGGAUACAGUUACAGAAGACAAAGAAAACUUCCCUACUGUUUUACAGCCAUUAACAAAGCAAAAACAUUCCUGUAAAAUACUGCCUUUGAAACAGUGGCCUGAAGAAAGGUUGGUAAAUGGUAAACCUGUGUGCCAGAAACUGGGCAAUGGGGAUAUAAAACUGUAUUCUGGGGUUGAAGUUCAAACACAUACAAGUACCCAGGCACUCUUCACUCAAGAUUCCCAGGGAAACAGAGUUAUUGCUCAUCACAUUCAGAAGGCUGCACCUGUAAUCCAAAAACAUAAAAUGGCUUUUCGAGACCAAACUAAUCAGGACUAUGACAGAAAUUUCAAAAAGUUGGCUUUCAGAUCACAUGAUACGGAUCUGAGUAUAUUGAAGAGUGAUAUGGAGUCUGAUAAAGAAGGUACAGAUUCUGAGUCACAAACUGAAUGGUUGUUCACACAGGACUCUGAGGGAAAUACUGUAAUCAAACAUAGCAGAAUUGUUUAGAACAACAGUACCUGCUUUAGUUACUAAUUAAUUAAGACAUGCCUUGCAAAGUGAGUAUAGCUGUGUUCUACAGUGCCCUUACAGAAGGCUGUCAUGGAACUGAUUUUUAUGUGUUUUGUAAUAAUAGUCUGAAAUAAAAGAUCAUGCAUAUUA